GCAGAGCAGCAGCAGCAGCAGCAACGCGGAGCCAUUGUAAAUCCGGCAGCGUGGGAGGCAGCUCCGUGCCAAAGGCUGAGCGCACAGAGAGAGGGAGCGGCGAGGAGGAGGAGGAGGAGGAGGAAGAAGAGGAGGAGGAGGGAAGGGCAGAGACAGAGAGACCGAGAGAGAGAUUGAGAGAGAGCUUCCACGGACAGAACGGGGGACGAAAAGCGGCGUCGGAUGCCUUGCGCCCUCGGCGAGAAGAGUAAGAGGAAGGCGCCGGGGCCACCGCCGCCUCCUGCAGGGCGAGCCCACCCCGGGGUCCAUGCCCCACCAGCGGCCUCGGAAGGGAGCCACGCAGGAAACCAGCUGCCGGUGAUGGCCUUGUCCCUGCCACGCACCUUGGGCGAACUCCAGCUGUACCGGGUGCUGCAGCGGGCCAACCUCCUCUCCUACUAUGAGACCUUCAUCCAGCAGGGUGGGGAUGAUGUGCAGCAGCUGUGUGAGGCGGGCGAGGAGGAGUUCCUGGAAAUCAUGGCUCUCGUCGGGAUGGCAACUAAGCCACUCCAUGUCCGGCGUCUCCAGAAAGCCUUGCGGGAGUGGGCCACCAACCCAGGGCUCUUCAAUCAGCCGGUGCCGUCCAUACCCGUAAGCAGUAUACCACUCUUCAAGAUCUCCGAGUCAGGAGGGUGCAAGUCGCUUACCAAUGGGCACACCAGCCCAGGAGAGAUCCCCGGCAAAGCCAAUACAGAGACCCUUGCCAAGAGCCCCUCUGAGCCGAGAGAGAAGCUGUCUCCCUUGCCGAUGAUUCAGUGGGGCAACACAGAGUCAGAAGAGGAAGGGGGAUCAACGUCGCCAGGCGAACAUCCCUCGCCUGCGGAGCAUCUAGAUUCAGAACUGACCCAGGCGAUAUCGGAGGGUGUGGAUCGCCUUCUGCGCAGCUGCCCCCGUGGCGCUGAUACGGAGCUGAGGACCCUCAUGAAGCUGAACAAGAAGCUGGCGAAAACUGUGGGCCAUAUCUUCCAGAUGGACAGUGGGGAUCCUCACAAGGAGGAAGAGAUCCGGCGCCACAGUGCCAUCUAUGGGCGGGGGGAGGCCCGGCGAUGUGAGGGCAAACAGCUGACACUUCAUGAGUUGACCAUCAAUGAGGCUGCAGCCCAGUUCUGCCUCCGGGACAAUUCAUUGCUGCUGCGUCGCGUUGAACUCUUCUCGCUGUCACGUCAGGUGGCUCGAGAGAGCAGCUAUCUCUCCUCCCUUAAGGGAUCCAGGCUGCAUCCAGAGGAGGGCGGUGCUGGGCAACCCAAGCGACUCAAGCAGGAGGUCGUAGAGCACAGCCGUCCGGAUCUUCCCUUGGUCUGCGAACCUUUUCUUGCCCAGUACCGAUCCAGCGUAGAGGAAGAUACAGCCAGUUUAUCAGGGGAAAGCUUAGAUGGACACCCACAAGCCACAGGUUCCUGUCCUCGACUGACACCACCACCCAAUACUGGUACUGAUGCACUUCUUAGCCUCCCACCCCAUGGGCUGUGGAGCCGCCAUAUCCUGCAGCAAACUCUGAUGGACGAAGGACUACGGUUGGCCCGGCUGGUCUCCCAUGAGCGACUAGGACGGCUCAGCCCAUGCUUGCCAGGAAAGCCCCAGGCGCCAGAGUUUGGGGAAACCGUUCCCGAGCGGAGCCAGUCUUCAGCAGCCCAGCCGGAGGCUAGAAGGAACAGUGUUAAGGUGGAACCAGAGACCAGCCGGCCAUAAAUGGCAGGUGACACACCGUUCAGUCACCAAGCAAUAACAAGUGUGCCGACGCCAACCACCAUCUCCAGACUGAAGAGACUCCUGCUAGGGAGAAGGGUGCAACCCUCCACAUCACCACAAGGAGGCAUUCCUUUAACUGAAGGAGAGCUACCAUAUAUUAACACAACACACCAUUACUUAACCACUCACUCCCAGUUCUCUUCACUGCAUAGAGAGCAUGCCUGUGCAUCCCCCUAAGCAGAAAUCAAAACUAUAUAUAUAGGGGAAAUGCUCUGUUGUCAGAAGCCUGUCACUUUAUUAACUGCAAAAAAGGGGGCUUCCUGGCUGCAGCUGAUAGCCAUGAGCUCAGGGAGGAUGUAUCUCCAGCUGGUUUGGCCCUAUGUGGGGCUACUGGAAGGUCAGUCUCAACUACACAGCCUUUUCCCUUAGGUGGAGUCAGGGACUGUAGUGUACACAUAGCCAUCUUUUUUUAAAAGCACAUAAAUACACUGUUUUACAAUAAGGCAUUCAGUGGCUGAGCUACACACACACACCAUUUUUCCCCCAAAUCCUCCCCACUCCCAUAUUUCUUAACAAUCACGAUUUCACUCAUACAUGCCUUCCUUAUGUGUACAUAAAACAUGCCCUUUCCAUUGCCCUUCUCUCUCUAUGCAUCUGCAUAGACCAUCUAGCAACCCACUUCUAAUGUCUGCACAUUCGGUUGUGUCCCUGGGUGUUGUAUAUCUUAUAGGCAAGGCCAAGUGCAAUCCUAACACAUCAUUAUCCCACCCCUUGGUCUUGAUGUUAUAUUGGUGUUUAGUCACCGAUAGUACCAAUUAACAUAGUACCGAUUAACUGUUUGGCCCUGUUUUGAAUGCUUCAAGGUGUUUUGCUUCCAUGACUGCUCCAGAGUAUUCUUAGAAUAUCACACCUGGUCUAUUAACCCCCAAAUUUGAAUUAACUAAUUGCUACAAUUUGUUUGUAGGUGGGCUGCUAGCAGUUACUUUUCUGUCCCUGCUCAGAGGCUUUAUAGCAGCAGAUCAGCUUUUUGGAGAAUUUACAGGGAUUCAAAUGGACUUCAAUGGCUUUUGAUCUGUCAGUCGUUCUUUUGGCCCACUUUGUGUGAUUGAUAAGAUGAUCCAAGGAGGAAACUGAAAGACAAAGGGCUUCUCUCUUGUUAAGAACCAGGCGAAACACAGCCUCAUUCUUCCACUAUAGCCAUUUCUAUAUUUCCUAUCCCAACACUUUACUGACACAUCCAGGACUUUUCCCUUUUGACUGCUUCAGUGCUAGCUGAAAUGGGAAUGAACAACUGUGAGGAAUCAAAUACCCCAAAAUGAGAAAUGGAUUCAACAGUAGCCAUGCAUUUUUAGCCAUGUACACAGAGUAAAUGUUGCUCUGUGGAGAUACUAUUGUAUUUACUCCCAUCUAGUGCGCUAUCAAACGUAAUGCUUGCCUCAAUUUUCAAAACCCUAAAACCAAAAAACAUAUUUGCUGUUGAAUGUAAUGUGCAACAACAAAAAAUACACUCUUUAAAUUUGGCCCCAAAAAUUGUGCAUUACAGUUGCUGCGUGCUUAGAAUUGCUUCUUUAGAAACCAAAGUGUUAGGACACUAAAUCUUCCAGUAAUUGCAAAGAAAACCAGAGAAAUAGGCAACCCCUCAAGGAGCCUCUCUGUUUAUCCUGCCUCAGCUUCCUUGUGUAAAUCUGUGCUAUAGAUCAUUGGUUCUCAACCUGUGGGUCCCCAGAUGUUUUGGCCUUCAACUCCCAGAAAUCCUAACAGCUGGUAAACUGGCUGGGAUUUCUGGAAGUUGUAAGCCAAAACACCUGGGAACCCACAGGUUGAGAACCACUGUUACAGAAUGAAUGCAGCUUGAUAUCACUUUAAUUUCCCUUGCUCUUGGAGUCUCGGGAGUUGAAGUUCUAUGAGCUCUUUAGCCUUCCCUGCCAAAACUACAAAUCCCAGAAUUCCAUACACUGAAUAAUGGUAUUCUAUGGCCCCUUCUACACUGCCCUAUAUCCCAGGAUCUGAUUCCAGAUUAUCUGCUUAUAUGAGUCUCCACUGCCAGAUAAUCUGGGAUAAGAAGAUAAUAUGGGAUCAGAUCCUGGGAUAUAGAGGCAGUGUGGAAGACCCUUAGUGUUAUGAAACAGAUAGAUUCUUACAGUAUAGAUCAGUGGUUCUCAACCAAGGGUCCCCGGGUGUUUUGGCCUACAAUUCUCAGAAAUCACAUCCAGUUUACCAGCUGUUAGGACUUCUGGGAGCUGAAGGCCAAAAUAUUUGGGGACCCACAGGUUGAGAACCCCUGGUAUAGGUGCAUCACGAGUGAUUCCAAAGUCCUUGGAUGAAUCUACACCGGAAUUAAUGCAGCCUGACACCACUGCCAUGGCUCAAUGCUAUGGAAUCAUGGGGACAGUAGUUUACAAGGUCUUCAGCCUUUUCUGCCAAAGAAUGUUGUUACUUCACCAAACUACAACUCCCAAGAUUACAUAGUAUUGGGCCAUGGCAAUUAAAAGUGAUGUCAAACUGCAUUAAUUCUUAUGCGUAUCCCAGGAGGGCUAUACUGGGGUCCUAGACUUUAGUCUCAAAAUCUACUUAGAGCUACAAAAGGGAACCACAAGAAAAUCUCAUGACCCCUCCCUCUCCCCCGAGAUACUGGAAGUAAUUAUGGGGACUAAAAACUAAAUGCAAUCACCCCAAAAAUAGGAUUUACAUCUGGUUUCCUGCCCCCAGAAUUCUGCAGGAGGAUUUAAAGUGGGAUGAAGUAUAGUGUGAUGAGUUAAUCCUGUCUAAUUUUGGAAACUAAGCAAGGUCAGUGCUAAUUAAUAUUUGAAAGGAAGACCAGUUGGUGUGGGCUAUAUUUCAGGGGAAGGAGUUGGAAGAAAUCAUUUUCUCAGGCAGAAAUUGUUGGGCACAGUGCCCUCUUAAGGAAGUCAGGGCCAGGUGAAAUGACACAGCUGCCCAAAACAAAUGUUUAAACUCAUAGGGAUUACACUAUAUUAUGUUCUAUGCCAGGUUUACUUUAAUAAGAUUUGUUGGUUGCUAACCUCUCUCCCUGUUCAUCAUGUGAAUGGUGAAAAGGAGGGGCACGGCAGUAGAAAAAUUCAGGGAGAAAAGGAAAUGUUUGUCCCAGUCCAUACUGUCUUAAAGCUACGGAGACAGGAGAUUAAACUGUGUUUCUCUUCAAACAGUCUCCAGAAUUGCCUGUCACCUCAACUACCUGCCAGGCUGUGUCAGCUUUGAGAAAGGAAACACCCCCAUCUUCUUCCAUUCAUAAGUAAAGUUGGUCUAAACACCACUUUUCAGAAUGGGAGUGAGUCAAAAGGAAUAGCAACAACUUAUUCCCCAAAAGAUGUCAUGGCAGGAGCAGUCUGUCAGCAAAUCUUUUGAACAGCACAGGCACAAAACACAGAUGGGUCUCAGGAAGUCUUUAAAUCUGACUGAGGCAAAAUAAAAGGCUCGCUCACUAUCCGUUCUGGUCCCCAUCCUCUCCCAUAGAACGUUGUUGUCUUUGUACAGAAAAAAUGACCACCCUUUCCUUUGUAAUGUGUACAGUAGAUUAUUUAUUUUGUUAUUUUGGAAUAAAGUCUUAUUUUAUGGCUUA